AACCCUGUCAUGAUGGGCGGCGCGGCGCUUCUGCCCCAUUCCCAAUAUCUUCUCUCUCUCCCCACCACCACCUGUCGAACGCGGACCAAAUCAUCAAGAGCGAUUGAGGGUAUAGGAGGGGCAACAUUCAAACGAAUCAAAGGAAAGAUCGUAUGCUUUUGGUUUUUUUCCUCAAUCUCAGGGAGAGUUGGUUGCAGUUAGCCAAGGGCUGCUGGGAUCUUGAGGGCUGCUUUUCGUGCCCUCAAGAUGAGCUACGGGAGCAGCUCGCUUGCUUCUGGUGCUAAGACUGCUGCAAGGCCUUUUGAGUAUGGGAGGACCCAUGUGGUCAGACCCAAAGGAAGGCACCAGGCCACUAUAGUGUGGCUUCAUGGCCUAGGUGACAAUGGAGCGAGCUGGUCCCAACUCUUGGAGACCCUUCCUCUUCCCAAUUCACUUAUGCAGAUUAAGUGGAUAUGUCCAACAGCACCUACUCGACCUGUAGCAGUUUUUGGUGGAUUCCCUUGCACUGCAUGGUUUGAUGUUGGGGACCUAUCGGAAGAUGGACCUGAUGAUGUUGAGGGAAUGGAUGCUUCAGCUGCACAUGUUGCAAACCUAUUAUCAACAGAGCCUGCUGAUAUCAAGAUUGGUGUUGGUGGUUUUAGCAUGGGUGCUGCUACUGCACUCUAUUCUGCUACUUGUUUCGCUCAUGGAAAAUAUGGAAAUGGCAAUCCUUACCCUGUCAACUUAAGUGCAAUUGUUGGUCUAAGUGGCUGGCUUCCAUGUUCCAGGAGCUUGAAGAACAAGGUGGAAAGCUCUCAAGCAGCUGCAAGAAGAGCUGCCUCCUUGCCACUUUUGCUUUGUCAUGGAAGAGGGGAUGAAGUUGUGCUCUAUAAACAUGGAGAGAAAUCUGCUGAGGUGUUGAGAUCUACUAAUUUUCAGAGUUGUACUUUCAAAACUUACAAUGGGCUUGGUCACUACACAAUCCCUGAAGAGAUGGAAGAUGUAUGCAAGUGGCUUACCGCCACACUGGGGCUUGAUGGAUCUCGCUCCUAGUUGGAGUAUUCAGCUUUGAUUUUGGAUAAUAUUGUGGAGUGGGGAAAGCAAAGAUAUCCUAUAGCUGUAAUGAAUAGAUAAAAUUAUGGAUACUGUUAGAGAUGUGUUUGGGGCAUAUGAUAUAGCUGCAUUCGAUCAUCCUAGCGUCUUUUGGUCCGGCAUUUUAUUUACAAACUUUGUCCAUAUGCACACUCAUAAACAUUAUUAGUUGGAUGGCAUUGGUAUUGGUGUCUUUUGAACAUUGCAUAAUUCAGUUACCCUUUCUGAGAUUAGUGUAUGGAUUCAGAUUUUAGCUUUA